AUAAAAUUAUCUUUGCUUCUUUCCUUCACUCUCGUUACUGUCACUCCGUUCCAUCUCAGUUCUUCCAUUUCCAACUCCAAUCUCAAUUCUCUCCCAAACUUCCAACCACCAGUCACAGACCGCACCACCACUCUGAGCUAGUCCAAUAAGAAAGACUUCUCAAUUUCUCUAUAACCCAAAGCUAGCAAAAAGUAAAACAGAAGAAGAAAGGGAGAGAAGCGAGAAGGGAGUGAACUGGCUGAACUAAGGAAGCCAGAUUUAGGUUACUUAUAAGACUCCAAGAAAAGGAAAGUCACCAUGGAGAUACAUUUUCCUAGUAUGAAUGGGCAUUUUAAUUACAGUAAAAAAAGCUCAUGGAGCUCCCCAGUGUCUUCAUGCCCCGUAGCUGCAGCUAGUUUAGCAGCAAUGUCACUCAUGAAUAAAGGGAUGCUGCUUGGGUGUGACUGCCUUAUGAUGAGUAGUACGAGGUCACAUUACCGAAGGAUUACGGUGGCGGGAUUAAUAGCAAAUUCAAAGAAAACUGUCAAAGUUGAUGGGGAGAAUUUUGAUAAUUUUCAAGGCACAAAUGAUGAUGUUGUUAGUGGAAUUUCUAAUCUGAAAUCUGCAAAAGGGUCUGGGACAACAGCAAGAGGAAGGAGGCUGUUAAAAGUUCGGGAGGAGAAGAGAAAGAGGGAAUAUGACCGUCUCCACAACUAUCCUUCUUGGGCAAAGUGUGUUCAUUUUUCUCUUGAUUUUGAUUAUGGUAGGGGAUAGGAAACUAAUAAGUGUAUCAAAUUUUAUUGAAGAGUGCUGGAAGAUGCUUGUCGAAAUGACCCAGAGCUUCGGGCAGUUCUUGGAGAUAGUAUUGGUAACCCAGAGCUUAUGAGGCAAAGGGUUGAGGACAGGGUUCGAAGGAAAGGUCGAGAAUUUCAGAAGUCUAAAAGUGGAUCUGUCCUAGCCUUCAAAGUUAGCUUUAGAGAUUUCAAUCCCCUUGAUUCUCAUAUUUGGUUUGAACUUUAUGGAUCACCAUCUGAUCGUGAUGUUGACCUUCUUGGUAGUGUUAUUCAGUCCUGGUAUAUCAUGGGCCGAUUAGGUGGAUUUAACUCGUCUAAUUUGCAGUUGGCAAAUUCUUCCAUGCAAUAUGAUCCUCUGUAUGAUGCAGAGAAGGGCUUUAAGGUGAUGCCUUCCUCAUUUCAUGACAUGGGUGAUGUUGAGUUCCAGGAUAACUGGGGCAGGUUUUGGGUAGAUUUAGGUACAUCUGAUUUCUUUUCAAUCGAUGUUUUACUCAACUGUUUGACCGUGCUAAGUUCAGAAUACUUGGGUAUUCAACAGGUGGUCUUUGGUGGUCGCAAAUUGGGUGAUUGGGAAGAAGGGAUGACAAGCUCUGAAUAUGGUUAUUCCCCAGUUGAGAUGGCUAGCUUAAUUUCGCAAAAUACUGGUCCCAAGAAUUGGUCAGAUAAGGUUAAGCCUUCAGUUACUGAUACUUUGAAACAGAGUCAAGAUGGGAAAGGGAGAAAGAGGAAGAAAGAGCCGAAUGAAGGUAACAAUGAACUGGAGAUUGAGCAGCAGAGGGAAAUGAAGAAGCUAGAAAAUUCUUUAUUUGGUUCAUUGUACUCUCCUGUUGAAUUCUCAAAGCAUGAAGAUGAGGAAGUUGGAAGUCAGGUGGAUGAUACAGCUGCUCUGUUUAUCGUUGACAGGUCUGCAAAUAGUGGUUUAUCUGUCUACGAAGAAGACCAAGACUUGGCUGACGAGAGUAGUGAUGAAAAGGAAACUGUGCAAAGGAAACCUGUAUGGGUAGAUGAUGAAGAGGAGAAAGUUACUGUGAACAUAGCUAAAGUGAACAGAUUGAGGAAGCUCCGGAAAGAAGAAGAUGAGAGUGUAAUAUCUGGUUCUGCUUAUGAAUCAAGACUGAGGGCGCAGCAUGCCAAGUUAAAUCCAGGUACUGAAUGGGCAAAUCUCGAUUCUCGAGGGAUAAACUCUGGCUCUGACAGUGAAGACUCAGAUGUUGAGGAUAGCAAUGCCACUGCUGCAGCUGUGAGUGACAUACUUCGAACCGCUGAGGAUGUAGUUGUCAAGGAUGGCUCAAAAUUGUUACCUGGAAUUCUUGAGUAUUCCAGACUGGUUGAUGCCAACUUGGAAGAGCCUUCUAGUGGUCCAAUAAACUCAGUUCAGUUCCACAGGAAUGCCCAGCUACUCCUUGCUGCUGGUUUGGACAGAAGGCUGAGAUUUUUUCAAAUUGAUGGAAAAAGGAAUACUAAGAUUGAAAGUAUCUUCCUCGAAGAUUGUCCGAUCCGAAAGGCAUCUUUCUUACCUGAUGGGUCUUCUGUUAUUGCAGCAGGGCGAAGAAAGUUCUUCUAUAGCGUUGACUUAGUGAAAGCAAAGGUUGAUAAAAUAGGUCCGCUAACUGGUAGAGAGGAGAAGAGCUUGGAAGCAUUUGAGGUUUCUCCUGAUUCUAAGUCAAUAGCUUUUCUUGGUAAUGAAGGUUACAUUUUGUUAGUUUCGUCCAAAACAAGAGAAUUAAUUGGGACACUUAAAAUGAAUGGAACAGUUCGGUCAAUAGCCUUUACCAGUGAUGGUAAUCAACUGUUGAGUUCCGGAGGAGAUGGCCAGAUUUACCACUGGGAUUUGAGAACGAGAACUUGCUUUCACAAAGGUGUUGAUGAAGGAUGCAUUACUGGAACGUCUCUUUGUACAUCCCCUAUUGGAAAUCUUUUUGCAGCUGGUUCAGACAGUGGGAUUGUUAACGUCUACAACGGCAAUGACUUUUUAGGGGGGAAGAGAAAACCAGCCAAGGUUAUCGAGAACUUGACUACAAAGGUUGAUUUUAUAAAAUUCAACCAUGAUGCUAAGAUUUUGGCUAUUGGUUCAAGCAUGAAAAAGAACAGUUUAAAAUUGAUCCAUCUUCCUACAUUUACUGUUUUCUCAAACUGGCCUCCUUCAAAUAAAAGCUUGCACUAUCCUCGAUGCCUAGACUUCAGCCCUCACGGAGGUUUUAUGGCGAUGGGAAAUGCCGGUGGAAAAGUACUGUUGUAUAAGUUGCAUCACUAUCAUCAGUCAUAG